AUGUCGGGCUAUCCAGGUGGUCAAAAUGACCACUAUGAUGAUGGCUACGGCCACCCUGGUGAAAACCAUGGUAAUGCUGAUGCAUACUAUCAAGACGAUCAGUAUUAUGACAAUGGAUAUGAUACUCGUGGCGGUCAGGGUGCGCAAGGGGCACACGGAGGAGAAGGCUACUAUGAUGAAUCGGGCUAUUAUAACGCGGAUCCUAAUAACCCGUAUCACCAAGACGGCGGCUACUACGAUGGACAUGACCAGUACCAAGAUGAAUACUACAACGGUCAAGGCGGCUACUAUGAACAAGACUAUAAUCAAGGUUAUGGUGGUCGUAGUGGCCGCCAAGGCUCAGAAGAAGACUCGGAGACUUUCAGCGACUUUACAAUGAGGUCAGACAUGGCUCGUGCAGCUGAGAUGGACUAUUAUGGCCGCGGCGAUGAACGGUAUAACAGCUACGGAGAUGGGCAACGCGGCUAUCGCCCUCCUUCUUCCCAAAUUUCGUACGGUGCCAAUCGCUCAUCUGGUGCUUCAACCCCGAAUUAUGGCAUGGACUACGGCAAUGCCCUCCCAGCAGGACAGCGAUCAAAAGAACCGUACCCUGCCUGGACCUCCGAUGCACAAAUUCCGUUGUCGAAAGAAGAGAUUGAGGAUAUCUUUCUUGAUUUGACCGGAAAAUUUGGCUUUCAGCGGGACAGCAUGAGGAAUAUGUACGAUCAUCUUAUGACCCUUCUAGAUUCCCGUGCUUCUCGCAUGACGCCAAAUCAGGCUUUACUUUCCCUCCAUGCCGAUUAUAUCGGAGGUGACAAUGCCAACUACCGGAAAUGGUAUUUCGCUGCUCAUCUGGAUCUAGACGAUGCUGUUGGAUUCGCCAAUCGCAAGACCAAGGGCUUGCGACGCAAAGCGAAAAAUAAGAAAAAGAAGAAGAAUGCGGAUGAAACGACUGAAGCAGAGGCUCUUCAAGACUUAGAAGGCGAUGACAGCCUCGAGGCUGCAGAGUUUCGCUGGAAGACGCGCAUGAACCGAAUGUCUCAGCACGAUCGACUGCGCCAAAUUGCACUGUACCUACUGUGCUGGGGCGAGGCAAACCAAGUGCGGUUCAUGCCAGAGUGCUUGUGUUUCAUAUUCAAAUGUGCUGAUGACUAUCUCAACUCUCCAGCGUGUCAGGCACUUGUUGACCCCGUCGACGAGUUCACGUACUUGAACAAUGUCAUCACACCUCUCUACCAAUAUGUUCGUGACCAGGGAUAUGAGAUUCUCAACGGUGUAUACGUUCGUCGUGAGCGUGACCACAAGCAUAUUAUCGGAUACGACGAUUGCAAUCAACUCUUCUGGUAUCCGGAAGGUAUUGAACGAAUCGUCCUGCAAGAUAAGAGCAAGCUGGUCGACGUUCCUCCCGCUGAGCGUUACAUGAAGUUGAAGGACAUCAACUGGAAGAAGUGUUUUUUCAAAACAUACAAGGAGUCGAGAUCAUGGUUUCACCUUCUCGUGAAUUUCAAUCGAAUUUGGAUCAUUCAUCUUACGAUGUUCUGGUUUUACACCUCCCAUAAUUCACCAUCGCUACUGUACGGCCCCUCGUACCAACAGCAACUCAAUCAACAACCUCCCGUUUCCAAGCACCUUGCUGCUGUCUCCAUAGGCGGCGGCAUAGCCUCGCUUAUUCAAGUUCUGGCUACACUUGCUGAAUGGGCCUAUGUCCCUCGUCGAUGGGCUGGCGCGCAACAUUUGACCAAGCGGCUUCUAUUCAUCAUUCUCAUAUUGGCAAUUAAUAUUGCUCCUGCUGCCAAGGUACUCAUGUUUCCUACCAAGACCAGCGCCUCUGGAGGCGUGGAUAUUGACUACAUCAUUGGCAUCGUCAACUUUAUCAUUGCGAUAUUUACCUUCAUUUUUUUCUCGGUGAUGCCUCUUGGAGGCCUCUUUGGCAGUUACCUAACCAAAAAUUCCCGGCAAUAUGUUGCUAGCCAAACAUUCACGGCUAGCUGGCCGCGAUUGAAAGGCAAUGAUAUGGCCAUGUCGUUUGGCUUGUGGCUAACUGUCUUCGGCGCAAAAUUCGGAGAGUCGUACGUGUACCUGACGCUUUCAUUUCGAGAUGUUAUUCUAUAUUUAUCCAUUUUUCACCCUGUAUGUCUCGGCGACUCAAUUAUUGGUCAGAUCCUUUGCAAGAACCAGAACUACGUUCUUUUGGGUUUGAUGGCGUUCACGGACUUGAUCUUCUUCUUCCUGGAUACCUAUCUCUUCUACGUCCUUCUGAACACGAUUUUCUCCAUCGCUCGAUCAUUCUAUAUUGGUUCUUCAAUCUGGACUCCAUGGAGAAACAUCUUCUCACGCCUACCCAAGCGUAUCUAUUCCAAAGUCCUGGCCACCACCGAUAUGGAGAUAAAGUAUAAACCAAAGGUUCUAAUUUCGCAAGUUUGGAAUGCUAUAGUCAUCUCGAUGUAUCGAGAGCACCUGUUGGCGAUUGAUCAUGUACAGAAACUCCUCUACCAUCAAGUUCCAUCUGAGCAAGAAGGCAAGCGGACACUACGGGCUCCAACUUUCUUCGUUUCCCAAGAGGACCAUUCUUUCAAGACUGAGUUUUUUCCGAGUCAAAGUGAGGCAGAACGUCGAAUCUCGUUCUUCGCUCAGUCAUUGUCGACCCCUAUACCGGAACCGCUUCCUGUCGACAACAUGCCAACAUUUACAGUCAUGAUUCCUCAUUAUAGCGAGAAGAUCCUUCUUUCUUUGCGUGAGAUUAUUCGCGAAGAUGAGCCGUAUUCGCGUGUAACCCUCCUGGAAUAUCUGAAACAGUUGCAUCCACAUGAGUGGGAUUGCUUCGUGAAGGACACUAAAAUUCUGGCCGACGAAACUGCACAGAUGAACGGAGAGCCCGAGAAGAACGAGAAAGAUACUGCAAAAAGUAAGAUCGAUGACUUGCCGUUUUAUUGUAUUGGGUUCAAAUCAUCUGCCCCGGAAUAUACUUUGCGGACCCGAAUCUGGGCGUCACUUCGCUCACAGACUCUAUACCGCACCAUCUCUGGCUUCAUGAACUACAGCCGAGCGAUCAAGCUUCUUUACAGAGUCGAGAAUCCGGAAGUUGUACAGAUGUUCGGCGGAAAUUCUGACAAGCUAGAACGAGAGUUGGAGCGAAUGGCUCGGCGCAAAUUCAAGAUUGUUGUGUCAAUGCAACGUUACUCGAAGUUUAAAAAGGAGGAGAUGGAAAACGCUGAGUUUCUGCUUCGAGCUUAUCCCGACCUUCAAAUUGCUUACUUGGACGAAGAACCUCCUUUAGCGGAAGGUGAAGAACCCAGACUCUACUCGGCUCUCAUUGAUGGACAUUCCGAGAUAAUGGAGAAUGGAAUGCGGCGCCCCAAAUUUAGAAUCCAGCUUUCUGGCAACCCUGUUCUUGGUGAUGGCAAAUCCGAUAACCAAAACCAUGCUCUGAUAUUCUAUCGUGGCGAGUACAUUCAACUCGUUGAUGCUAAUCAAGACAAUUAUCUUGAAGAGUGUCUGAAAAUUCGCAGCGUCCUUGCCGAAUUUGAGGAAAUGAAAACAGAUAACAUCUCGCCAUAUACGCCCGGUGUGAAAAAUGAAACACCCACCCCUGUUGCCAUUCUUGGUGCUAGAGAGUAUAUCUUCUCCGAGAACAUUGGCAUUCUAGGUGACGUUGCUGCCGGGAAAGAACAGACUUUCGGCACCUUGUUUGCAAGAACGUUAGCACAGAUCGGAGGCAAGCUUCAUUAUGGCCACCCUGAUUUUUUAAACGGAAUUUUCAUGACCACGCGUGGUGGAGUUUCCAAAGCCCAGAAAGGACUGCACUUAAAUGAGGAUAUUUUUGCCGGAAUGAACGCUAUUCUCCGCGGAGGUCGUAUCAAACACUGCGAAUACUAUCAAUGUGGAAAGGGUCGCGAUCUUGGUUUUGGCUCUAUUCUCAACUUCACUACAAAAAUCGGAACUGGUAUGGGUGAGCAGAUGCUUUCUCGCGAAUAUUACUAUCUUGGAACCCAAUUGCCUCUGGAUAGGUUUUUGUCGUUUUACUAUGCACACCCUGGCUUCCACGUCAACAAUAUGUUUAUCAUGUUGUCGGUGCAACUUUUCAUGUUGUGUUUGCUCAAUUUUGGCGCAUUCAGGCAUGAGACAAUUCCUUGCGACUACAACAACCAGAAGCCCUCAACAGAUCCUCUCUAUCCCACGGGAUGUGCAAACACAGACGCAGUUAUGCAAUGGGUGCAACGCAGUGUUCUUUCCAUCUUCUUCGUUUUCUUCUUGUCAUUUGUACCCCUUAUUGUGCAGGAGUUAACCGAGAGAGGUGUAUGGCGUGCCCUCGUACGCUUUAUGAAGCAAUUCUGUUCGUUGUCUCCGUUUUUUGAAGUCUUCGUUUGCCAGAUUUACGCGAACUCUGUGCAGCAGGAUCUUUCAUUUGGCGGCGCCCGCUAUAUCGGUACCGGACGUGGUUUUGCAACUGCUCGCAUUCCAUUUGGAGUCUUGUACUCCCGCUUCGCUGGCCCCUCAAUAUACUUCGGCGCACGGUUGUUAAUGAUGCUGCUUUUCGCCACAGUUACUGCUUGGCAGGCAGCGUUGACAUAUUUUUGGAUUACUCUAUUGGGACUUACUAUAUCACCUUUCCUUUAUAACCCACAUCAAUUUGCCUGGAAUGAUUUUUUUAUCGACUACCGCGAUUUUCUUCGUUGGCUGUCCCGAGGUAAUUCUCGAAGCCACGGUCAAUCCUGGAUUGCUUUCUGUCGCCUCUCACGCACGAGAAUCACUGGAUACAAACGCAAAACUCUCGGCGAAGCUUCAGCCAAAAUGUCUGCCGAUGUCCCUCGCGCUGCUAUAGCCAACAUCUUCUUCACCGAGAUUCUUGCACCUCUCUUGCAAGUCGUUGUAACCUUGAUUCCAUAUCUGUUCAUCAAUGCCCAAACUGGUGUUAACGAGACGAACAACCCCGAUGUCGCCAAAAAGUACCUAAAGCCAACCUCUUCUCUUAUCCGAGUUCUCGUUCUUGCGAUAGCACCCAUUGGCGUAAAUGCUGGAGUUCUUGCUGCCAUGUUCGGCAUGGCGUGCUUCAUGGGCCCUGUGUUGAGCAUGUGCUGCAAAAAGUUUGGCAGCGUCUUAGCUGCUAUAGCUCACGCUGUAGCUGCUGUCUUUAUGCUCAUAUCAUUCGAAGGCAUGUUCUUUUUGGAAGGCUUAAAUUUCGCGCGUACACUAGCAGGCAUCAUCGCUAUAAUUUCUAUUCAGCGAUUCAUCGUGAAGCUCAUUGUCUCGGUGGCACUGACCCGUGAAAUGAAGACUGACCAGUCCAAUAUUGCAUUUUGGACAGGCAAGUGGUAUUCUAUGGGUUGGCACUCGAUAUCGCAGCCAGGCCGCGAGUUUCUUUGCAAGAUCACUGAACUCAGCAUGUUCGGUGCCGACUUUAUUCUGGGACACUGGCUGUUGUUCAUGAUGCUGCCAGUCAUUCUAAUCCCACAGGUGGAUAAGCUCCAUUCAAUGAUGCUCUUUUGGCUUAAACCAAGCCAGCAAAUACGACCCCCGAUUUAUUCUAUGAAGCAGUCAAAGCUACGACGUCGGCGGGUGGUUCGAUAUGCCGUCUUAUACUUUGUCCUACUAGUAGUUUUCAUUGGACUCAUUGCUGGUCCUGUGGCCCUGAAGAAGGUUCUCAGCACAAAGCAACUUGAACAAUUUUACGACAAGGCUAUUAUUGGAAAUUUCGUGCUGAUGCAACCGAAUUUCCUAAACCACGACGACACGCAGGCCAGCUCUGCAACUGGCACAGGCGCUGAAGGGUACACAUAUCCAUCAGGAUAUGGACCCUCAUCUUCAUCAGGUUCGGCAGCCGGGGCGACAUAG